AUGGUUCAAAUUGGCGAGGAAAAAGAGAAACGCGAAAACGAAAAGGUUUCGAAUUCCAAUUCAAAUUCAAGUCCAAAUUCAAAGAAUUCGGAGGAGAAGAAAACCGAAGCAGAAGUAACGGUGACACUGAGUGAUCCCGAGCAAGAACAAGAACAAGAACAAGAAAAGGAUCCAAUGGAGAUGAAUGUAGCAGAAGAAAAUGAACAAGACUCAUUCUCGCCAACUCCCGCCACCGUUUUUCAAAUCCGCCUCGAACAACCAGCCGUAUAUUCACUUCACAAGAUGAAUUACCCUCAAGUUUGUCGCAAUUUCAGUGCUGUUGCUUGGUGUGGAAAAUUGAAUGCUAUAGCUUGUGCUUCUGAAGCAUGUAUCAGUGAUCCAAGCUCAAUUCUAAGUCCAACAUUUUGGAUCCCUGUGCAUAUUGUGAUCCCAGAGAGGCCAACUGAAUGUGCGGUAUUCAAUGUCAUAGCAGAUUCUCCUCGUGAUCCUAUCCAGUUUAUUGAAUGGUCCCCUGCCUGUUGUCCCCGUGCAUUAUUGAUAGCAAAUUUCCAUGGAAGGGUAACUAUUUGGACUCAGCCAUCUCAAGGGCCAGCUAAUUUUGUACUUGACACUAGCUGUUGGCUGUGUGAGCAUGAGUGGCGGCAAGAAAUUUCAGUUGCUACAAAGUGGCUAUCAGCGGUGUCUCCGUAUGGGAGGCUUUCAUCCAAAUCAAGUGCUCCUGCCAAUUCAAAGUCAAUGUUUGAGGAAAAGUUUAUUUCACAACAAUCUCAAACUUCAGCUAGAUGGCCCAAUUUUUUCUGUGUCUGUUCUGUACUCUCAUCAGGCUUAGUUCAACUUCAUUGGUCACAAUGGCCUCCUAGUCAGAAUGCAACAUCACCCAAAUGGUUUUCCACUAGUAAAGGACAAUUGGGUUGUGGGCCCAGGGGCAUUGUGGCCGGUGAUGCUAUCAUUACAGAAAGUGGUAUUAUGCAUGUAGCCGCUGUGCCAUUUGUCAAUCCUUCUACCAUUGUUGUAUGGGAGGUUAUGCCUUGGUCUGGAAGUGGUUUCCUAUUAACUCCAAAGACAAGUAUUAAUAAUGGUGUCCCACCUAGUAGCCCACCCAACUGGAGUGGUUUUGCACCCUUAGCUGCAUAUUUGUUUAGUUGGCAAGAUUAUCUGUUAUCUGAAGAAAAACAAGGGAAAAACCAAACAGACCAAAACCUUGGUAAAUCAAUACGACUUUACUGCUCACCAGUUUCAAAUUUUUCAGCAUAUAUGAGUCCUGAAGCGACAGCUAAAUCUGAAGCAACCCCUGCCUGGGGUUCUGGUGUAUCAGCAGUAGCCUUUGAUCCGAUUCAUGGCGGCUCUGUGAUAGCUGCUGUGAUAGUUGAGGGGCAGUACAUGUCCCCUUUUGACCUAGAUGAGGGGCCAUCAAUCACAGGGUGGAGAGUGCAACGCUGGGAAUCAUCGUUGCAGCCUGUUGUCUUCCAUCCAAUAUUUGAAAACCCUACUUCAAGUAUUGAUGAAAAGCCUCCUAUGCAAGCUGUUUGGCAGUGCAAAGUGGAUAUGAGUAUUCCACAAACAAAUGUUUUCAAGAAUCGUCAAGCACCUCCAGUCGGAAUGAAUGCUAAUAAUGUCCAAAAGGCAUCUGAGUUUGGUUUUGAUAAGUCAAAAGAGUCCAAAGUCAAUGCUUUUGAUCUUCCAAGUGAUAUUAGGGCACUCUCACGAGUUGUUUACUCAGCUCAUGGUGGUGAAAUGGCCAUUGCUUUUCUUCGGGGAGGAGUCCACAUUUUUUCUAGCUUAAAUUUUGCACCUGUAGCCAACUAUCAGAUUGAUGUUGGAGCUGCAAUUGCUGCUCCUUCUUUUUCUGCAACAAGCUGUUGUUCAGCUUCUGUAUGGCACGACACAAGCAAGGGUCAAACCAUAUUGAAAAUAAUCCGGGUUCUUCCUCCUGCUAUUCCAAUUGGUCAAGUGAAACCAAUUUCUUCAACUUGGGAACAUCAAAUUGCUGAAAGGUUCUGGUGGAGCCUUUUGGUUGGAGUUGAUUGGUGGGAUGCUGUGGGUUGUACACAAAGUGCUGCUGAGGAUGGUAUUGUUUCACUUAACAGUGUUAUUGCAGUCUUAGAUGCAGAUUUCCAUUCCCUUGCUACUGCUCAGCACAGACAACAGUAUUGUCAUGUAUAUUUCUGUAAACUAUCACCAUUAGCUUGCUUAGUUAUAUUUUCUGUCUUUUAA